AUGAGUGAAAUUUCCAGCCUUACCGAUUCCAGCGAUGAAGGUAAAAAGGUAGUGGAAGAAGUGGUCGAAGCGGUGGAAGAGGUCGACAAGCCAGCCUACUCGGACGAGGACCUGGAAACGCUGGUCGGCUUCAUGCGGGGAAUGAUUAUUCUGUUCGACUACGAGGACGGCGAUUUCAACGACGAAGUGGCGGAAACGAUCAAACUGUGGCUGACGGACGCCAACAAUCCGCUGCUGUUUGUGUUCUACGAUGGGAACCUCCUGUCGGCAUCGCUCUCGUUUCCGCUCUGCCCGAUCAACGAUCUGAUGUACUUUAUGCGCGAACCGGAGCAGUUGUUCAACGUGCUGGAGCGGUUCCACGACGACAUCCUUUUCGGCACGCUGCACGGCGAUAUCGAGGGUUCGUUGCUGGUGCUGCUGGAGCAAGUGUACGGGCCGAUGAUGCUGUCGAACGUGGACUGGUCGGAGAACGUGAAGGCGAACGUGAUCAAUGGGUUCAAUGCGUUCCUGACGUACCUUUCGGAGCUGCACUACAAACUGUCCGGAUUCACGCUGCUUUACGUGCCGCGCGAGGGCAGCGAUAUGGAGGUGCAAGAGGUCGUCCUGAAUCGGUCGAUGAUCAAGCGGCUGGAGGCGGUCAUCAUCGAUUGGACCGGUAAAAUUCGGGCCACCCUCAGCGACACGCAGCACUUUGUGCCCGACGACUUGGUGCGGCCCGCGGAUGAGUACAGCUUUUGGCUCUACCGGCAUGAGGUCCUUUCGGCCAUACGCAUGCAGUAUCAGGGGCCGAAUGUGCAGCACAUUGUGAAAAUUCUGGAACUCGCCCAGUCCCUGUACAUCAAGCAUCUGCGCGACGUGCUGGCCGAUCUGGACAAGGAGAUCGAGAUCGCCGAAUCGAACAUCCCGUUCCUGAAGCUGCUGGUCGAUCCUUGUUUCGCCAUCGGGACCCUGGAAACGGCCGACGACUUCUGCUCGCAGCUCAUCUACGUGAUGCACAUCAUCCGGUUCAUCGGCGAGGACUCGAGCUUCCUGAACAAGGACGAAAGCAUGACCAAACUGUUCCUGUACCUGAGCAACGAGAUCGUGUCGUGCUGUAUGCUGGGCAUCGACGUGGACUGCAUUCUGGCCGGUGCCCCACGGUACGGUAUCGAUGUGUGCAAGAUGAAAAUCAACUGCUGCGAGUCGUACAAAAUCAUCUACGAAGAGAUGCUGGAGCACUUUAAGGGCGAGUUCACCUGGAAUCUGGAUUACGCGGCCAUCUUCAACCGUAUCAACGCGUUCCUGCAGCGUUUGCGCGACAUCGUCGAGGUGUGCGACGCGAUGCUGAUCUUCGGGAAGUACGCGGACGGAACGGCCUACACUUCGUACCGGUUUUUCUGCAACAAUGCGGACGAGUUCGAGCGGCGCUGCGAGCAGGUGGAGAAGGUGUUCCACGAUGCGCUGGAGAAGGUGGAAUCGGUCGGCGGGACGAUCCUGGACAUCAACAACAAGGACUGGUACCGGUACAUUAGCGGGUUCCGCGAGACGCUCAAAAGCCUGGACGACAUCAUCGAGAACCUGCUGUCGAACGUGUUUCUGCUGUCGGAGAACAUCGAGGAAAAGCUGAACGUUCUGGUGACGCUGCUCAACUUCUACAAGAGCGAAAGCGUGCGCGAGAGCUUCAUGCGCAAGAUCGGCGAGGUGUGGGCCAUGUUUAACGAGGAAAUUGUGAGCCUCUCGAAGGACAUCUCGGCCGGGAUCACCGAGUAUCCGGCGCUGCUUCCGCCGCACGCCGGUCGCUACGCGGUGCUGCGGAUGCGGUUCGAUCAUCUGACCCACCUGCGGACGCUGAUCGUCAACUGUCGCUUCUUUCCGGAGUAUCCACAGCAGGAAGAAGUGUUGGCCCUGUACGAAGCGUGCGAGAAGCAGGUGAAGGGCGCCAUGAAGGGUUUCAACGAGUCGUGGGCCAAAUCGAUCCCACCGGACAUGGCGUCCUGGUACCAGCGGAACUUGAUUUGCCGCAGCAAUCUGCGGCCCGGGUUGUUCGAGGUGAACAUCGAGCGCCGUCUGUUGGUGUUGUUCGAUGAGGCGCAUUACUUUAAAAUUCUCGGUGCCCACGUUCCGCCCGGGCUGGACUUGGAGAAGCACGAGGCGACGCGGCUCACGUUCGACAACGUGCUUCGACUGGUGUUGUACUUUAACGGCGUGGUGUCGUCCAUUUCCGACAAGGAGCGCCUGUUCUUCAAACCGAUGAUCCAGCAGACGGAACGUAAGCUGGAGCCGCUGCGGAGCAAGCUGACCUGGGAGGAAGACCUGAGCGAACUGAUCGACGGGUUCGUGGUGAACGUACGCGAGUUGCUCGAUCUGAUCGAGUUGUACAAACGGGAGAACCACAAAAUCGCCGACCUGGCGGAGCGCAUCUAUGGGUUGAUUUUUGUGCGGCUCGACCUUCCGCAGCCGGCCAGCAUGGCGCAGCUGAUCGAGAGCGUCACCGAGCAGAAGAAGGCCGUCUUCACGGAGCUGCUGGAGGUGCUGCGGGAGAUUAGUAAAAACAUUUUCACCAUCUACGACAGCAUCGGUUCGAACAUCCGCAAGAUGGGCAGCAGCUGGGAGCAGUACAUCUUCAAAAUCGAUAAGCUGCUCAAGGCGGCCAUCUUCACGUGCACGCUGAACACACUGCGCGGUGUUCAUGCGGCCCUGGAGAACGCACACGCGAGCCCGAUCAUGUUGAUCGAGAUUUUGCUCAAACAGGAGGGCGCCGCGUACGAACCAUCGGUGGAUGCGGUCGAGCAGACGCUCCGUCGCCUGACGGAGGAAGUGGCCCUGACGAUCAAGCCGGUGCCAAGCAUCGCCCAGCGUUAUCAGCUGGACGGUGGCGAGCGUAGCUUCUACCUGCAGCUGCUGGAACACGCCGAUUACCGGCAGCUGUGCGGUCAGAUCGAUGGGACGAUCGAGGAAACGGUGCGGCUGCUGACGACCUACCAAGCCAAGUGGAACGUGUUCCGUCCGUUCUGGUGCGUCGACAAGACGGCCUUCAUCGAACGCUUUAAGCUGUCGGCAAUGACGUCGGAAGCGUUCCAGCGGAACAUCAAAAAGUUUGAGGAGCUCCAGAACCAACUUUCGACACAGGGUGACCUCAUCGUGUGCCGGUGCGUGGAGAUCGAUGCGCUCAAGCUGAAGUACGCCCUGACCAGUCACAUUGCCGAGUGGCAAAGCAAGUAUAUCGACUAUCUGAAGUGCAUCGCAUACGGCAAAAUUAUCGAAUUCAACACGCUGCUCAAGAACAACGUCGCGGAGCUGAGCCACGAGCCGACGGAGGUGCACGAGUUGAAACGGCUGGAGGAACGGUACGCGGCCUGCCACGAGGAGCUGCCUGGCAAGGAGCAGGAAAUCGGUGUCAUCCUGAAGUACUUUGUAGUGCUCGAAAAGUACGUCCUCGAUCUGCUCCCGGAAGCGUACGAGCUGAGGCACAACAUUGACCCGAUCUGGGCCCAGUAUCGGGCGGAUUUGCGCGAAAUCCGGGAGCAGAUCGACAACUAUCAGGACCAGUUCAAGCUGUCGCUGACCGGGGCGGCCGAUGCGCUCAAGGUGGACGCGCUGGAGAUGUUGAAAAUGUUGCGAGAAGAAAUGCCCAUCAACGGCGACUCGAGCCCCACGGAGGCAUUCGAAGCAAUUGACCGUUUAAUGAUGCAAUUGGAAGCGCUAGAACGCCGUGAGCAAGAGAUCGGCCAGCAGUUGCAGUUGCUCGGCGUAGGCUUUGGCGGGUUGUCUGCUAUCCGAGAAAUACGAGGAAAACUGGAACACCUAAGACUCGUGUGGUUGUUUGUGGGCGAGUGGCGCACCUUCGUGGAACGAAUUAUGGACGAAACUUACCGUACGGUCGAUGAAAUCGAGUUGCGUUCGCUGUCAACCCAUUUUAAGCAAAUAUCCGAAAGUCUCGCCGAAGGUCUCGUGGGAGACGAAGAGUGUGAAGUGCUGUCCUCAGCCCUCGCUGCCGUUGCCCAGUUCCAGGUGACGGCGGCCAUCGUCUGUACGAUGAAGUCUUCGUUCCUACAGCAGCGCCAUUGGGCGAAAGUGAAAGAAACCACGGACUGUGACGGCGACCUGGCGGCCGAUUGCAGCUUUCGGCUGCUUAGCGAUCAGCUUAGGGUGUACCUUUACGAGCAACAAUUGAUGACCCUUUGCUACACGGCCCGAAAGGAACACGAACUGGAGCUGGAACUGGAAGCGGUCGCGUUACGCGUACGCUCCUUCGAGCUACCCAUCCGACGGGUGGUGAUCUCUGGGGGCCACCAAUUUCCGGCGCUCGCGAAUCCGUCCGAGCACGCCGCACUGCUUGCGGACACCGCGGUCACGGUGGAUCGUCUGAGAAGCUCACCUUACCGAGGCCCUUUCCAGGCUCGGAUCGAUUACUGGGAGCAAACGGUGGGCCUGUUGGAACAGCUCCUGGGCGAGCUGCUGGAGUGUGAAUCGGAAUACCGAACUCUGUUCGAGUUUAGCCGAACCGUCAGACGUACGGGCACGUUGGAACAGUUCAACGACGAGUUCGACGGCCAGUGCUUCGGAGCGUGGUGCGAACUGAUGCGCCACGUCUCGACGGCCCGCCUCGCGGAGGAUGUGUGCCCGGUGGGAAAGGAGUUACUGGAAGAGCUCGAAACGGUGCGAAGAAACAUCCGUGCGGUGGCCGGGCGGCUGACAGUGUUUCUGGAGGAGCAACGCGAACAGUUCCCGCGCUUCUAUCUCCUUUCGGACCGCCAGCUGAUUGCGUUUCUUGCCCACCCGACGGACACCCGAGCGCUCCGCCAGACGCUCGCCAUCAUGUACGAGAAUGUGGCGGGAAUCGCGAAAGGUGAUCAGAGCGGCGGCGCACUCGAAGCGGUGAUCACCCGGGACGGAGAGCACAUUCCGCUCGGCCGGCCCCUCCCGACGCUGGGCGGAACAACCGAAACGAUGAUCCUGCUCGAUCGUGGCAUUCGCGACGCGUUACAAGAUUUAUUGUCGCGUUGUCACUCGGCCCUGCUCCAUCGGGGAUACUUUCGGCGCGUGGAGUCGGGCUGGCUGCACAGCUGGCCGGUGCAGCUGUGCCUGAAGAGUGCUGAACUGCGAAACACGCUGCAUACCGGGAACGCGCUGGUGCAAUGCAGUCUGCUCGGCAACAGGAAGCCGCUGAAAAUGUUGAGUUCUCUGCACACCAAAAUGUUGGAAGAAUUGACGAAUUCGGCCCGUACGUCGGCAAUGUCUGAAGGCCGCUGGGAACGGAAGAAGCUGAACGAUUUGUUAAUCGUCGAGCUGAACGCACGCGAUUUGAUCGAUCGGCUUACGGGCGGCGCAGGGCACCCCGGUCCGCAGUCCUUCGAGUGGGUAUCGCAGCUGCACUCCAACUGGCAUCCGACCAGCGGCAAGUGCUUCGUGCAGCUCCUGGAAACGCGCAUUCCUUACGGCUACGAAUGCAAGCGAUCGAUCGAACCCGCACUUCUGACCCCGACGUGUGAGAGAGCCCGGAUCGGCACGCUGUGUGCGCUGCGGUCCAAGCAGAUUCCAUUGCUCCUCGGGAAGCCCGAAGCCUCCGGUGGACGGCACUUGUUUUUGGAGAGUUUGGCCCACUCGGCGGGCGUUUUUCUACGGCAAGUGCCUUGCGAUAGUCCGGCGGACGACGAUGAUGCGGUCCUAAGGAUGAUCACCACCAUGCGGAAGAUCGGUGGCUGGUUGGCCUUGGAGGGCCUCGAAAGGAUCCUGACAUCGCCGGUUCUGACCACGAUCGGGAACUGCUUGCGGGAGAUUGGGUCUGGCGUGCAGCGCUCGACUACCGUCAAGGACUCCACUGGUUUCCGGACUGGCUCCCGAUUUCAACUGUUCGCUCUCGCUAGUUCCGUCACCCCGGCCUCGGUGGUCGAUCGGGUGGACAGGACUCUGUACCGUCCGGUUUACCUCUUGCCGGCCGAUAGUGCACCGGUCCUCGCCGCGUGGCUCUGGUUGGAGGGGUUCCGGCACGGUGCUCGAAUCGCCAAGCUGAUUACCCUGCUGAUCACCCAAAUCGAGCGUCUGGGUGGCAUCAAGCCGGGUGUUUUCGGGUUACGCAACCUCAAACGCGUUGUCGAACGGAUCGCGCUUUCGGACCACGAUGACCACGAGUGGGACGCCGAGAAGGAGCGUUUUGUGGGCGCCAUGCUGCUUUCAGACAGAAUGGUGGAGAAAGUAUUGCUCAUCCGUCGGUCACUGGAACACCCCGCCGAUCGGCCUCUGAUCGUGACGGGACGACCGGGCUCGGGCAAGACCGGCGCCAUCCGUGUGGCCCUCGAGAUGAUGGGCUACGCAGCCCACCGGCUGGUGUCGAGCGUGCUGCGGAAGCUGACGGACCCGAAAUCAUUCGACCGGCCGCUGUUCGAUGCGAUAAUCUCGGCCAGCCUCGGCUGCGACACUAGAAAGUGUUUGAUAUUUGAUAGCGUCCCCGACGGCCAGGAAUGGAUAACGUGCGCCAUUCGGCUGGCGCGGCACGAUUACAUGUUCCAAGACCUAACCCAUGCGGACCACCCCGGCCCACCGGACCGCGUGAAAGUCAUCGUGGAAUGCCCGGAGCCCGGGCUGGAAACCGUGACACCGUCGACGGUGUCCCAUUUCGCCCUGGUGCACCUCGGUCCAACCGACCUUGACUGGUGGCAGCUGCUGGAGGUGUGGCUGGACGGACUGGAGCAGUCCUCCUCGCUGCGACUCCGAGAGUUGGUCGAGCGGCACUUCCGACAGCUACUGGCGUUCCGCCAUACGGAGUGCCGGACCGUGGUCAACCUGAGUGAUGUGAGCAUAGUGCGAACGUUUAGCAAACUGUGUGACGCCUUGUUGAGCACCUUCGACCCGUGCAAAGUGGACUGCAGGCAGGACGUGGUACUGACCAGGCUGUUCUUCUUCUGUUCCGUGUGGGCGAUCGGUGGGUCGCUGGAAGAGGAAGCCGCUCGGGUGCGGUUUGAUUUGCUGGUCCGGGAGCAGCACCCGGAAGCUGGCUACCCCGUCCGAGGGUCCGUGUAUCAGUGCUACGUUGACCUCGCGGACGGUGCGUGGCGUUCGUGGGAAACUCUCGAACUCUUUGGUGACCUUGCCCAUUAUCGGAGCCCCCGGACGGUGGCGUACGAGUUCGUUCUCCGCAGUCUGCUGAAGACCGGGGGCCCCAUUCUGGUGGGAAGUGAAAUGGCUUCGGGUAAAACGGCCCUACUGGAAAGCAUCCUCAGCGAGAGGGAUCCCUCGACCGAGUGCUGGAUCCGGUUUGCGCUCACGAAAGGAACGACCGUCGGUCAGAUAUGCUCCCGAUUGCGCUCCCAAUCGGUGAAGAUCACGAAAAGUCGGCUCUACCCCAGGGACCGCAAGCGAAUGGUUUGUUUUUGGGAUGAUCUCCACGUGGUCGGCCGGACCAGCCCGUACGGUGUCGCCGAGUUUGUGCGUAGCUUUUGCGAGGCUCCCGAGUGGUACGAAGGGCCCUGCCGGGCUGGUGUCCCGGUGACCCUGGAACAGUGUCAAACGGUGGUCGCACUCCGCCUGCAAAGGUGUGAAGGUUCGUCGUCGGUGACAUUGCAGAGUCUAAUGGGUAAAUGUCACGUCUUGAUGCUGACGCAUCCGACCGACGAUGAACUUGGCCAGAUCUUCACCGGUCUGAUUCGGCGCUGCGCCCUUGGAGGCACUGAACCGAGCCCAGUGUUUCAGCUGCUGGCUCCGGCCACAGUGGACCUGGUCGGGCGUCUGAUGCGACGACUUCCCCCUUCGCCGUCCCGGCCACGGUACCAGUUCUCGCUGCACACAAUCGCGACCAUAGUGCGCUCGGUUUGCUGUUUACUCGACGACGACGCCACCACCGACCGGGCCUCCAUUCUGAGGCUGUGGACACACGAGUGUUUCCGAGAAACGUGGGACCGGCUGGAACGGAGCGACUACCGGCGGUUCUACGAGCUGCUGAAUGAAACCAUUUCGGGCUACUUCGAGGCCACCCUGCACGGACUGUGGGCUGGCCAGAAUCAAAAUCCGUUGUUUGCCGAUCUGCUUCCCGGAGCCACACGGAGCGAUGCUGGCGGCGGCGGCAAGAAUCCCUACGUGAACAUCCGCGAUACGGACGAGCUAAUAGCGUACGCCGAGGACAAAUGGAGUGGCGUGGCGUUCCCGAAGAUGCGUUUCAUCGUGCACCGGGAAGCCGUAGAGCAUGCGGUCAAAGUGCUCCGCAGCAUUCGUCUCGGGCGUCGGGCCACGAUUCUGAUGGGUCGACCGGGCAGUGGACGAACCGUGGUGUGUCAGCUGGCGGCCGCCCUGUCCCGUUCGCCCACGACGUUCCACCGGAUGUCGGAGACAGUCGAUGGUCCCGACGAGAUACGGAAGCAGUUUCGGGCGCUCGUCCCCCUGUGCGUCCGGCAGCGCACGGUGGCCGUCGUCAAUCUGGACGAAAUCGUAGACGCGGAACCCCCGGAACUGCUGCUGGAGCUGCUCAAUCGGAUUGUGGCGGGCGAGCGGAUGGAAGGCCUCCUAUGUCAGCAAGAGGAUUCGCAGCAAGAGGACUGGCCUUCGGUGGACUGGCCGACGGUAGAGUCCAAUCUGCAUCUGGUCAUCUGCCUGCCAUCGGACGGAACUGCCUACAGAGUGUUGCUGCAACGAUACCCAUCCCUGGUGAUGAGCCUCACCGUGAACUGCGUUCACGACUGGACCGAGGACACGCUGCUGGAGAUUUCCAAGAAAUACUUGCUCAAGAACGUUCUACUGAGUGUGCCCAUUCGGGGCGCAGCCGACAGCCAGGAUGCCCACGGGAAGGACGACAAGCCGAAGACCCUUCGCCGGAGAGAAAGUUUGGUGCAGAGCACCGAAGAACGGUUGCAGAUUGCGACGCAUGAUUUACUGUUCCGCAUACAUUACGCGGCCCAGACGGAGGUGACGUUGCCGGCGGCCGGCGGCAACCGAACGAUAAUUGUCCCGUGCUGUUGGUAUUUUGAGCUGCUUGACACGUUCGAAAGAGUCCUGCGUGAGAAGCGGGUCGAAAUUCACGCCCGUCACCGAAAGUUCCGCAUCGGAAUCGAGCGCAUCGAAGACGCCACCGAGAAGGUGGCGCUCCUUUCGGCCGAACUGGAGCAACGACAGGCCGAGAUUGCCGCCUUUCAGGAGCAACUGGACGCGUUUCUCGGGCAGAUUGCACUCCAAAAGCGCGAAGCGGCCGACCACACGGAGGAGGUGUCGGUGAAGCGACUGAAGAUUGGCGCCGAAGAGACCGUCUGCAAGGAACUGGCCGAAGUGGCCGGCGUCGAUCUGCAGCGAGCCAUGCCGGCACUGGACGCGGCCGUGGCGGCCCUCGAUUCGCUCAACAAGAAGGACAUGAACGAAAUCAAAUCCUACAGCCGGCCUCCGACGAAGGUGGAGCUGGUGAUGGAGGCGGUCAUGAUUCUGCUCGGCAAGGACCCGAGUUGGGCGGAAUCGAAGCGCCAGCUCGGUGAGCAAAAGUUCCUGGAAACCCUAAAGUCCUUCGACCGGAACAACAUCGCCGAGCGGACGCUCAAAACGAUCGGCGCGUACGUGCGCAACCCGGAGCUGGAGCCGGACAAGGUCGGGACGGUUUCGAGUGCCGCCAAAUCGCUGAUCUUGUGGGUCCGGGCGAUCGAGAACUACGGCAAAGUGUACAAGUACGUGGGUCCCAAGAUUCGAAAAAUGGAGCAAGCCAAUGCGUCGUUGUUGGAGAAGCAACAGGAGCUGGCAGAGGCGGAACGGAAGCUACAGGAGCUGGCCGACCAGCUGGCCAGUCUGCAGGCCGAGUACGAGGUGAAAAUGGUGGAAAAGCAGCAACUCGAAGAGACCGCCCGUCAGAUGGCGUCCAAGUUGGAGCGGGCCCGCAGUCUGGUGGACAAUCUGGCCGGCGAACGGGUUCGAUGGCAGGCCACGAAGGAUGGCCUGGAGGCGGCCCAUGGGCGGCUGAUCGGUGACACGCUCCUGGCCGCCGGUUGUCUCACGUACUUCGGACCACUGGACGCGGGGACGCGGCUGGCGCUGCUCGAGCAGUGGACGAUCGACCUGCAAACGAUCGAGACGAUCGCCUUCACGAGUCAGUUCGCACUGACGACGUUCUUCUACGGCGAGCCCGACGUGUUGGUCCGCUGGCACCAGAACGGACUGCCGCCGGAUGAUUUGUCUGCCGAGAACGCCACGAUCCUUCUCAACAACUGCUCCCGGGUCCCGCUGGUAGUGGAUCCCCAGGAAGAGGCGCAACGGUGGCUAAUCGCCGAGCUGGAGGGUUCCCCCGUCAAGUUGGUAGAUUUUGACGACGAAAUCUGCGAACGGACCGUGGUGGAAACGUUCCACGAGCACACGGCGCUCGUUGUGGAGAAUGUCAACCGGGGGAAUGUGGGGGACUUGGGUCAGCUUUUCACCCUCCAGCAGAGUAGUUCUGAGAGCUGCCCCAAGUGUCGGCCAACUCGCAGCGAGUCGGACACGAAGGGCCACCUAAUGUACUUGAUUGCCCGGGAGCCGCUUCCGGUGAUGGAGUCGAUGAUGAAAAAUCUCAACCAACUCAGCUUCGUGCUCGGCCCGGAAGGGCUAGAAACGAAAAUGCUCGCGCUGCUCGUUCAGCACGAGAAUCCUUCACUGGAGGAGCGCAAAGAGACGCUGCAGGGCAGUAUUCUAGCCGACCAAAGGACGCUCGCCGAGCUGGAGGCGCAGAUACUGAGGAUCCUGACCGAGAGCCGCGUCCCGCUGCUAGAAGACGAGGAACUGUACGCGGUGCUGCAGAGCUCGCGGGAAACGUUUCAAAGCGUGUCCGUGGCGCUGCAACAAUCGGAGCUGGCCUGCCAGGAGAUAGAGGCGUCCCGGGAGGUGUACCGAUCGUGUGCGGCCCGCGCCGGGCUACUGUUCCUGGUGCUCGGCGACUUGCAGCAGUUCAAUCCGCUGUACCGCUACAGUCUGGAGUGGUACCGGACGCUGUACUUGGAAUCGCUGGACCGUAGCGGACGAAUCCAGUUGGUCGCUGAGCGGAAGCGACGGAUUGAUGAGUAUCACACGUACAGCGUCUUCCGGAACGUGUGCCGGGGCCUCUUUGAAAGUGACCGUAAGCUGUUCGCAUUCUAUCUGUGCGCCAGGCUACUGUUUGCCCAGGAUGCGCUCAAUCCGCGCGAGUUCCGCUUUCUGGUGUUUGGUGCGGGCCGGGUCGACCGCCACGAGCAGAUGGAGAAUCCGUGCCCGGGCUGGUUGGAUGCGGCGUGCUGGGAUCAGCUGACCGAUCUGGACCGUGUUCCCGGGUUCCACGGUAUCUGCGUGUCGUUCGAUGAGCUACGGGAUGACUGGCGCCACUGGUUCCGGUCACCCGUUCCGGAACAGACACCCCUUCCCGGCAGCUGGGAGACCAACUUGAAGCGCUUUCAGAAGUAUCUCAUCGUUCGCUCGCUGCGAAAGGAUCGGCUCGAGCAGUGUAUGACGGAGCUCACGAAGGAUACGCUCGGGACGCGCUAUGUCAUCACGGCGUCCGUCAAUCCGCUGGAAGACGCCUUCCGGGAAUCGUCGGCCCGGACACUCAUCCUGCUGCUGGUGCGUGACAGCUCCAACCCGUUGCCCGGAGUGCAACGCUUGGGGCGGUCGGUUAACUCGAUUUUGGAACACAUGACGAUGUCCCACGGCCGGCUGGAGUCAUUCGUCGAACUCCUGGAGCGGUGCGUGGCGCACGGGUCGUGGCUGUACGUCGGCGAUUGCCAUCUUUCGGAACCGUUCCUCAAACAACUGCCUCAGGUGGUCGUCUUCCUGAAGCGUCUCCAUCCGCAAUCCCAGUUCCGGCUCUGGCUCAGCUGCCAGCCACACGAGGCGUUCCCGGUGUCGGUUCUGCAGAGCUGCAUCAAGCUGGCUUACGAGGAACCGAAGGGCAUCAAGCACACGAUGCGCCAUCUGUACGAAGAGCUGGGCGAGGCGCGCUUCAAGAAAUCCUCUUCCGCGCUGAAGGAAGACGGAACUCAGACCCAUUACAAGCGUUUGCUGUUCACCAUCGCCUUUCUCCACGGGCUGCUGGCGGGGCGCCGGAAUUUUCAGCAACUCGGCUGGAUCGAACCGUGCCAUUUUGUCAACAGCGACUUUAGCUUGGCGGAACGGUUGUUGGCGUACGCGCUGGAUAAACUGCCGGUGGCGAAAGUGAACGGUCCUGGGCCACGACGGUUGCAGCGGACGUCGAAGGUGAAGCCGGCGAAGGGCGGUUCCUCGAGCGAGAAUGUUAGUCUGGCGAACGAAUUUCACGGCCUGCGUUUGGCACAACACGGCGGCGAUGGCGGCGGCGACGGCGACGAGGAGCGCCAAAAGCAUGACCCGACCCCGUGGCAGUUUAUCCGUGAGGUUUUAUUGGAAAUAUGCUACGGUGCUCACAUCGUCGGCGGCCGAUGGGACCGGCGGGUCUACGAAGCGCACGUCGAGGAACUGUUCCAGCCGCGGCUCCUAUCGGCGGUGGUUUCGCAGAAUCCAUUCCAGCCUGGCUCCUGGUUUCGGUUGCCGCGCGACGGAACCUACCAAACGUACGUGGACUUCAUCGCCAGCGGCCAGCUGCCCGACGCGGACGGCAUCGGCGUGUUCGGCCAGCACGAGAAUGCAAAUAUCAAAUAUUUGAAAUCACGCUCCGACUAUACGCUGCAGAUGCUGGGCCGUGUGGCCAAAGACCUCGACCCGGCGCGAGGUCCCCGGCAGCACCGUCCUCUACGACCUGAGUCAUCGCCGUACGAGCACACAAAGCAAACAAUCGCGGACCUCUUAUCGACACUUCCUGUUUAUCUGGACUACGAAAACGCGCUCCGGAUUGUGGGAACCACGGGUGGCGGCGUGGCCCCCAUCGGUGAAGCCCUGCUGGCCGAGGCGCGCACCUAUAACGCCACCGUGGCCCGAGUGCAGUCCGAAGGCAACUGUUUGCUGGGAAUGCUGACGGGCACCGGGAGCGGUGCCAUGCUCGAUGAGCCGGCCACCGGCAAGUGGAGCCUGCUGCUGGAGCGCAUCGGACGUAACCGUGUCCCCGAGGGCUGGCAAUGGGCUGGCAGCGCCCGCACCGAGGCGCCUCUGGACGAAUGGCUGGUGGAACUUGGUGAACGUGUUCGAUACUUUCGACGCUGGACCGAAUCCGGGCAACUUCCGGUCGAGUUUGUGCUUGGCCGGUUCACCGAUCCACGGCGGUUCCUCGGCGCCGUACUUCAGCACGUCGCGAAUAUCCACCAAUCGCCGCUGGAAGACUGGGGCUGGGAGUUUACCGUUUUCCCGACGGCCAAACCUCUGGAGCGUAUCCCGAUCGACGAGGGUUUCAUCGCGCGCGGCCUCUUCCUCGAGAACGGUGCCUGGGACUGGGAACGGCAAACAUUGGCGGUUCCCGGUGUUCUUGAGCUGUGCCAACCGAUGCCCCCGAUCGCUUUCCGGUCCAAGAAGGGGAGAGCUGUACGUGGCACUUCCGAUGGUCGGUUGUACCACUGCCCGCUUUACAGCCACGGCCAACGGGGCGAAGAUUCGUUCAUCGUGGACAUCCCGCUGGCGGUGGGUGAGCAGCAGGAUGAACGGGCGUGGAUCAAGUACAACACGGCCCUGCUGCUCAAGGAAUAA